UAUAUAUAGAGAGAGAUAUAGAUUAGUAUUGAGAACUGGUUUGCAAUGAAUGUAUUGAUAUUUAUUUUGAACGACAAAACCGAUUGACAAUUGAAUAGAGAGAGUGAACUCAUUGACAGUGAAAACACAUUUUAGUAUUCGAUUUUGAUUCGACUCAUCGAUUAUUAUUGAUAUAUCAUUGGACUCAUCAUUUGGAAUGAAUGGCUUCCACUCAAUACAAACAGAGAUAUUUAAAGUUCAAUGAGUUGUUGAAUGUCGACAAAGACGGUGAUAACGAUGUGGAUGAGGCACAAGACAAGGAUCAAGUGAUUGAUACGCGAAGUUUGCGUCGACUAUGCUUUGAUAUCGGCUGUCCCGAUGACCACAAACACGUGCGGUCAUUGGUCUGGAAAAUUUUGUUGGGAUAUUUGCCAUCAGAUAGGAGCCAAUGGACGAGUCAUUUGGCAGAGAAACGAAAACUUUACAAUCAAUUUGUUUCUGAGCUUAUCAUAAGUGACGACAAUAAUGUCAAAUCACCCGACGAUCAUCCAUUAAACACUGCGCCAAACAGUCAUUGGAAAAAUUAUUUUCGCGAUAAUGAAGUGUUGUCUCAAAUUUAUAAAGACGUCAGACGUCUAUAUCCAGACAUAUCAUUCUUUCAGCAAAGAAUUGCUAAGACAUUCACCAAAUCGACAGCUUGUGAUGUCAUUGGUCGUACGUCAAGCAAAGCCUAUACCAUUGAUGUGAUUCGCAACUGUUUUGGUGCCACAGAAAUAAGAGACAAUCAAAAGAAAUACAAUACUAGCGAUGACAAUGACUUUGACUCAACUAAAAGCCUCGACGGCCAAGAAUUUCAUUGGCAGAUUGUGGCCAGGGUACUAUUCAUAUAUGCCAAACUGAAUCCGGGUCAGGGAUAUGUUCAAGGAAUGAAUGAGAUUAUCGGUCCAUUGUAUUACGUGUUUGCCAACGAUCAUCAAAAUGGAUGGAGUGAUCAUUCAGAAGCCGACACUUUCUGGUGUUUUACAAGUUUGAUGAGUGAAAUCCGAGACAUUUAUAACAGUCACGCAGAUUCUGAUCAUUCAACCGGUAUCGUAAGUCUAAUGACUCGUCUAACAGGUCUGUUAUCCAAAGAAGACAAUGAUUUAUACCACAGAAUCACUUUAGUUCAGGCAAUAAAACCACAUUAUUAUGCAUUCCGAUGGCUAACCCUUCUAUUAUCGCAGGAGUUUCCACUACCCGAUGUACUCAGACUCUGGGAUUUCCUGUUCUCGGAUGAGAAGCGUUUCAAUUUCUUGCUUCAGACUUGUUGUGCAAUGAUUUGUUUAAUCCGAUCCGAACUAAUGAACGGUGAUUUUGCCACUAAUAUGAAACUAUUGCAGAACUUUCCCGAACAUAUCGACAUCAAUCAGAUCAUCGCAAGAGCUAAACAAAUACAUAUCACUUGAUAUAAUAAUAAUAUGAUAUUUUUUUAGUAUAAUAAUAAUA